CAAAGUUAUCCGUAUUUCUCUUAGUGCAAUCGACAAAAUGUUUCGUCAGCGGUGGGUACUCCAGGCCGCAUGCGGCGCGGCGGCGUUCUCUGCCAGCAUUGCUGUGUUCAGUCUGGUGAUGGAGACGCAUAAGGAGGUCGAAGAUGAAAAUGUGGAUGCAUCUACGUCCGAAGGAUCUCCAUUGUUGGGGAAUAGAGACCCUUCGACGACAAUCUCGACAGUGUCCAUGACAACCCUCAACAACGCGUUAAACGCGAUGCACCUUUCGAUUGUGCAGCGCGUGCGGGUACAAUCGUUUUGGGAUGAAUUGUCGUCAACAGUGUCUGUCGAGGCGAUUCCCGUGCCGGACGCGGUGGGCCAUAUGGAGGUGUACGCCCAACGGUACCCUCACGAGUUUCCACUGCCGCAACUUUUGCAUGCCCUAUCCGUCGUGACAAAUACGAAUCCUUCGAUGCUCACAUCUCAGAUAUCAAGCAACUCAAGCAAUGCAUCCCCCCCUGUCGUGCGGCGUCGGUCCACAUUGAGUCUUGUCGGAAACAAGCUGUUCGAGAUGGCAGUUGACACCAAAGGCGGCAUGCAGGACGCCAUGCAUCGUGCAGUCCGACGGUAUCUCGAGCGCGCGUUGGACCUAUUUGCCGAGAAACUCAAGGAAGCCAUCAAAGAUAAGGACAUGCCAGUCUACCUCCAGGCCAACAUCGACGUGGCUGUGGACCAAUUUCUACCAGACAUCAAGGUAGAGCUGUCGCGAAAGACCAAGGACCUGUUCGUCGCGACGACGCAUGUCGCUUCUGCCACCGCGGUCACGUCAUUCCCUCGCCUCUCCGACCACCCACAGACGUUGGCAGAUAGGUUGCACGAGCGCUGGCAUCGCAGUCGUGCAGUCAUUCUGUACAACUUGUUUCCGUUUGAUCAAUCGAUAUGGCGAUGCUUCAAGAACCCGAUGUGGUGGGCCCUCAACCUGAUCGGGCUACUUCCCUAUAUCGGGCAAGCGUGGUGGUGCUACCUCUUCUUUCUCAAGGACAAGAAGAACGAGCACCAGCUGUGCCAGUUCAUCAUCGGGUUCAAGACGACCCAAUUCCUCACACUUGGCCUCGGUGCCACGUUCCUUGGGAUCAUACGCUUCAUCUACUGCACUACCCACGGCCAGCAAUCCUGUCACGAUUAUGGCCCCCUGCUGUCGCCGUGGAAUACCGUCUUCUUCCUUGGACAGAUCGCCCUCGUAUGGAUCGCGUUCUUUUACCUGCCGUACACAGAGCGGCCUGUGUCGACGGCGCCGCUCUCUCCGCGCGGGUCAUUGUCGUCGCGCCAUGCGGCAACCUACCAAGACAUGUUUGGGAACGUUCUCCACAUAGAUCGCGGCGGGUACCUCAUGAAGUUGUGUGGGUACGAGACCAUUACGUUUUGCAUCACGAUGGCUCUGGCACUUGCCGUCAACGUCGUCGUCGUGCCGACGUGGGAGCGCCAGAUGCUCAUGUUUUGGAUCCGGACGCUGUACGGUCUCCUGAGCUUUCCAUUCCUCCCGUUUAAAAUCCCCGUGUUGGAGAACGUCCUCAUGCACACAGUCCGCAUGGGCUACGACUCGCAUGGCCGCACGGUUCGAAUGCGGUCGGCAGUGUCUGUGGACGUCCCGGCCUCGCCACCACCGUCGGGAUGAAGCGAUCGGGCGUCCUUUCGAGCACCUGCAUCGUUUGUGUCGAGUUUGUUCAACCAUGUAGCGUGAUCACGAGCUCGCCGAGACGCGCCAAGAUGGCUACUGUGAGAAAGCCAAAUCGCGACAUUCGUCUGAACACGUUUCGAUCGAUUACACUACGAGAGUU